AUGAGUGUGCUAAAGUGUCCCGCCGAUUUGACGUUGAUCAGCGAUGAGAUGUCGAUCGGUGACGUGGUUCGUGAUAUCAUCCGCCAGGGUCCGCAUGAGGAACCGCUCCACGUGCUCGAUUUGGAUGAUGUAGUGCAAAAGCAUUAUGGCUGGCGUGAGCAGAUGCCACGAGUCAGGCCUUUCUAUGCGGUGAAGUGCAACGAUGACCCACGUAUUCUGCAGACUCUGAUAACGCUUGGAGUCGGAUUUGACUGUGCGUCGAAGGGUGAGCUGGAGCGUAUGCUCGACUUGGGUGUGAAGCCGGAGCGAAUCAUCUUUGCUCAGCCGGCCAAAUCCAUACCGUCCCUGUUGUAUGCACGCUCGAAACAGGUGGCUGUGAUGACGUUUGAUAGCGCGAUCGAGUUAGAGAAGAUACACCAGUACUAUCCGGAGGCCCAGCUGGUGUUGCGAAUGCGCCACGAUGCGUUGAAGGUGCGUUGCUUGUUGGGCAAGAAGUUUGGCUGUGAUCCUGUCAAGGAGGCACCGGCAUUGCUACGUAAGGCGGCCAAACUGCGGAUGAAUGUAGUAGGGAUAAGCUUCCACGUUGGAUCGGACUGUGAAGAACACGAAGUUUACUACGAUGCCGUAAAGAUGGCCCGAAGCCUGUUCGACUACGCCAAGACUAUUGGGUACGAGCUAAGCCUCUUGGACAUUGGCGGUGGAUUCCCGGGGGAUCAUAACAAACCGAUCGAUCGAUACGCUCAGGCAGUCAACCGCGCUAUCGAUCAUUUCUUUCCGGCGGAAGAAAAUGUCCGAAUAAUUGCGGAACCGGGGCGAUACUACGUGGCCUCCGCGGUCACGCUGGUAUCGUUUGUGGACUCCAAACGUAUUGUGACAGAGCGCCAGGAAGAUGGAACCGAACGGACAAGGAUUUUCUACUAUCUCAACGACGGUAUAUUCGGAACGUUCUACUGUACGGCACACGAGGGCCAAGAAGCGAUCCCUAUCGUACAACGUAAGACCGACGCCAAUGAGUACAGCUCAUCCGUUUGGGGCCCUACUUGCGAUGUCAUGGAUCUGAUUUUACCGGACAUACUGCUCCCGGAGCUAGACAUCGGGGACAGUGUUGUGUUCGAGAAUGUUGGAGCGUACAGCUUGGUCACUAGCUGCCGCUUCAAUGGAUUCCCUCUGCCGAAGGUUAUCGCAUACCUACGCGAAGGAACCUGGAAAAUUUUGGAAGAUUUGACCGCUCCUUCCGUUGCUCUUGCUUCGGCUCACUCCUUGGAAGAUGGCAUGGACGGCAAAGUACUUGUUACGCUCCAAAACUACACUCCCCUGGCGGAAACAAAUUACCUGGUUUGA